AUGAGCCAUUACGAUUCGGAGAAUCAGGUCCCUGAGCCUACCAAGCAUCACGGCGAAGAAGCCGGCGUCACCAACGAUGCUGUCUUUGGAACAAUCACCGAAGAUGGUCCCAACUACCGAAACGUUGGUUGGCUCGGAACCUCAGUUCUGAUGAUGAAGUCCCAAAUCGGUCUCGGCGUCCUCUCAAUCCCCGCCUCCUUCGACGCCCUCGGUCUCAUCCCCGGCAUCAUCUGCAUGCUGUGCAUCGCCGCCAUCACAACGUGGUCAGACUACAUCGUCGGACGGUUCAAGCAGCGACAUCCUGAGGUCUACGGCAUCGAUGACGCAGCUGGUCUUGUGUUUGGACGCUUUGGAAAGGAGUUUUACGGUAUCUCGUACUCGCUUCUUACGAUUUGCAUUGCGGGUUCUGCUAUGCUUGGUAUUUCGAUCGCUUUGAACAGUUUGAGUAUGCAUGGUACUUGCACUGCUGUCUUUGUGGCUGUUGCUUGUAUUGUCGCGUUUGUUACGGCUUCGAUUCGCACCCUUGAUAAAGUCAGUUGGCUUGCUUGGGUUGGUCUCGUCACCCUCGUCACAUCCAUCUUUGUCGUCACCAUCGCUGUUGGUGUUCAGGAUCGCCCCGACCUUGCCCCCAAAGAUGGUGUCUGGAAGUCCGACUACAAGCUCUUCAACACUCCUACCUUCGCUGAGGCCAUGUCCGCCAUCGCCGCUUUCAUCUUCGCCUACUGCGGAACUCCCGUCUUCUUCCCCAUCGCCGCUGAGAUGCGAGAGCCCAAGCACUACAAGAAGGCUCUGAUCCUUUGCCAGAGCGUCGUAACUGUUGUUUACAUCGUUGUCGGCAUUGUUGUCUACUACUACUGCGGUACCUACGUCGCUUCUCCCGCUCUCGGAUCCGCUGGAAAGACCAUCAAGAAGGUCAGCUACGGUCUGGCUCUUCCUGGUCUCAUCGUCUCUGCUACACUCUACACUCACGUAAGUUCAAUCAUCUCACCGUAUAAUGAAAACGAGACUGACAACUCGAAGGUUCCCGCCAAGUACGCCUUCGUUCGCCUCCUCCGAGGCUCCAAGCACCUCACCGCCAACAGCUUCACCCACUGGGCUGUCUGGCUCAGCUGCACCUUCGGCAUGGCCAUCAUUGCCUACGUCAUCGCCUCCGGCAUCCCCGUCUUCGGCGGUCUCGUCUCCCUCGUCGGCGCCCUUCUCGGAACACUGCAGUGCAUGCAGCUCUUUGGCUGCCUCUGGCUCUACGACCACUGGGCUGAGGGCAAGGACAAGUCGCAGCGCACUACCAAGUGGACCAUGAUGGUCGGCUGGUGUAUCUUUAUUAUUGUUCUUGGUACCUUCCUCAUGAUUGGUGGUACUUAUGGUUCCAUCAAGGGUAUUAUCGACUCCUAUAGCGUGAGCGGCGGUUCUGCUGCUUGGUCUUGUGCCGAUAACUCCAACUCUUCUUAG